ACUGGGAACUUUAAAGCAACCGGGGACUGCUGAAAAUAGCAUUUCUUUUUGCUUUCUUUGUAUUCAAAACUAUAUCCUUUCCCGACCGAUUCUACUGCCCUAGCCAUGCUCUUCCACGGGAUCUCCGGAGGCCACAUCCAAGGAAUCAUGGAGGAGAUGGAGAGGAGAUCCAAGACCGAGUCCCGCCUUGCCAAAGGGGGACAAAUGAACGGCCGAGAAACGAACAUGCCCCCAAUGAGCCCUGAGAAGCCUGCUUUGUGUGCUGGUUGUGGAGGAAAGAUCUCAGACAGAUAUUACCUGCUGGCUGUUGACAAACAAUGGCACCUCAGGUGUCUUAAGUGCUGUGAAUGUAAACUGGCUUUGGAGUCAGAACUCACCUGCUUUGCCAAGGACGGCAGUAUUUACUGCAAGGAGGAUUACUACAGAAGGUUCUCUGUGCAGAGAUGUGCCCGCUGCCACCUUGGGAUCUCAGCCUCUGAAAUGGUCAUGAGAGCCAGGGAGUCUGUUUAUCACCUGAGCUGCUUCACCUGCACCACCUGCAACAAGACUCUGACCACGGGCGAUCACUUUGGCAUGAAGGACAACCUGGUUUAUUGCAGGGCCCACUUUGAGUCCCUUUUGCAAGGAGAAUAUCCCCCCCAGCUGAGCUACACCGAGCUGGCUGCCAAGAGUGGAGGGCUGGCCCUGCCCUACUUCAACGGCGCAGGCACGGUCCAGAAAGGCAGGCCAAGGAAACGAAAGAGUCCUGCCUUGGGAGUGGACAUCGUCACCUACAACUCAGGUUGUAAUGAGAAUGAGGCAGAUCACCUGGACAGAGACCAGCAGCCUUAUCCCCCAUCCCAGAAGACAAAGCGCAUGCGCACCUCCUUCAAACACCACCAGCUUCGUACCAUGAAGUCCUACUUUGCUAUCAACCACAACCCAGAUGCCAAGGACCUCAAGCAGCUUGCCCAGAAAACAGGGCUGACUAAGAGAGUUCUGCAGGUUUGGUUUCAAAACGCAAGAGCCAAAUUCAGAAGGAACCUUUUGCGGCAGGAGAAUGGGGGUGUCGAUAAAGCUGACGGCACCUCACUACCGGCACCGCCCUCAGCAGACAGCGGCGCACUCACUCCACCCGGCACUGCGACCACUUUAACAGACCUGACCAAUCCCACUAUCACUGUAGUGACAUCAGUGACCUCUAACUUGGACAGCCACGAAUCCGGGAGCCCCUCACAAACUACCUUAACGAACCUUUUCUAACAUUUCAGUUUGGUUUAUUUUUUUUUUUAAUUCUUACUCUUCAUUAUUAUUAUUAUAUUAUUAUUAUUAUUUUCAAGCCUUUUUUUUUUAAUAACAAACCCACAAAAUAUUUGGGAAAAUAAGCAGCUUCAUGUGUAGCAUCUGCAGCCACUUGGCAAGUGAGUUUGAAAUAAUAUAUUGCUAUAAUAAAUGAACAUUUAUUGUUGUUAAAUUGUACUCAAAUUUUUUAAGUUCGUCAAAUAACUGAAGAGAAGGUUAUGAAGCAUUCUAAUAAGUGCCUCUUAGAAUUGUAUGUUACUUAUUUCCAGUACCUUGAAAAAAAAGAGUAUUGCCACUUAAAAAAAGUCUCUUCCCUCCUUGAUAAUCAGAUAAGAAUCAGUUUAAUUGUAGCCAAAAAAUGCUGCUUCAGGAUUGAAUGUUCACUUACAGUAUUUAAGAACCCCAAAUUUUACUUAAUUUUUAUAACACAUCUAAAGUUUUCAAAUGUUGAAAAAUAAAUACAAAAUGAAUUAAAGUUCUCAUUGAAAUAGUCAGACUGGAAGUGCAGUGCUUUUUUCUAAGGCACUAGUUACAAGCCUGAUCCUUCCUGAGCACUGGGGAUUCUUACUGGGAUAGAUAAAUUCUCCUCUGCCAGUUCUUCACCCAGCUGGAAUGUCCUUGGCCACCACUGAAAGCUGUGCCUGAGUGGAGGGUUUGGAGAGAGAGACCCAGUGAUGAGAGUGCAUGUGGGUGAGGAUGGCAGGCUCAGGCUGUUGGCUUCCAAAGUUGUGUCCUGUACAAGGACAAGGUAAGGAGGCAAGAUCCAGAAAACACUGGAUAUAAUAUGAGCCCACUCCUAUAUAUGUUAAAAGUAAUGACAGCAGAAUAACAGCUCAAGUGAUGAGUCCUACUGAUCCGAAAUAUUGCAUAGGGAGGGGUUUUCAUCUUUGUCAAGCAGCUCUGAUUUGGAAUGAAAAAAAAUUAGAGCAGUUCACUACUGCCUUGAUACUGUACCAUUAAAGAAACAGGAGGUUGCCCACCUACUUUACCGAGCACAUAAAUAAUUUCCCAGAAGAAGUGUGCAUGUGUGCUAAGUGAGUUUUUGAUGUCAUACAUUUUUUCAGGGAAAAUGGAAAUAAGCAAAAUAUAAUUUAAUAAGACGUUUAAGGAAAAUUAUUUCAGUACAAUUUAUACAUUACUAUUUUGAAUUUACUUUAGAUGUUUCCUAAGAUUGUAUCAGACACUAUGUUUAACAUAUGAACUUAAAAUCUUUUGUUCAUUAAUAUCUCAAACAUAUACUUUAACUUUUUAAACUCUGUAUUACAGAAAAAAAAGCAAAAAUUCUUACAAAAAUGGGAAUUGGCAGCAAAUAAUUUAAAAGCAGAUAAACUCAGAAGCCUUGUGGAUGCUGAUCUGAAUACAUUUCUUAGUUUACAAUAGUGAUCUUUCUUUUUUUUUAAUUUUAUUUAAGCUAAAAGUCUGAAUGGUCUGGGCAGUGGUGAAUGUUCAUUUGUAUCCUUUCAUUGUAGUUGAACACCAAUUAGAUUGUGGAGAGUCUCAGAAACAGAACCGAACAAAAAUCAGUCAAGAUCUAUGUCUUGCUUUUAGUGGAUUGUUAAGAAUAACUUUGCACAUAUAUUCCACUUUUUAGACACCAUCAAACCUCUUUUUUGGUGGUCAAAGUGGCUAUUUAAUAUAUUUUAAAGGUGUCCUUUUUGGCUGUAUAAAUGUGUGGUUACAUAUUGACAGUUCACUGCCCACAUUAAAGUGCAUUAUUGUAAUUUUUGCUCAGGGUUUUUAGAAAAUUAGCACAGAAAAGUAGCUUAUUUUUUAAAAAAAGAUGAUGGAAGAGAUGUUAACACUGUAAUAGAAGAAAGGUGUGUUUGCCAUUAUAUAUUUAGCAAGUAUGGUUAUCAUCUUCUACGGAUAUUAAAUCUUGACUUUUCCUAUUUCUAUUACCUUAUGGGCAUUUACCACUAACCAGACCAAACAACCUUGGUAAGGCUGAGAUCUUUAUUAAUACACUUUUACAGGUAAAAAUAUUGAUACUUAUAAAUUUUGUUCUUUGACAGAACAAUAUAUGGUACUAGAGAUCUACUUUAUUAAGUAGACUAAUUAAAACUCAGUUCUACUAUGUGCCUUAUGAUAUACCUUGGGAGUAAGUUUGUGAAAAAUCAGGAUAUAUGUGUUGUUUGUUAAAUUAACUGUUUUAAGCCCUUUUGACACCUCACUAGUUUUGUACUGUUUUACCUCUUAUUUCUGAAACUCUUUUUAUGGUGUAUCCUGUUAGAGGGGACAAACAUGUCAUAGAAAGCAGUUGUGCACUCUUUCAGAUAUAGUUGAUAAAUCCAAUAAUCUUAUAUAUUGAGCUUCGUGUUUAUAGUACAGUAAGUGGUCUAGCAAAAUUGUCCAUGUUUCUUUGUUUAUUGAUAAAUGCAUUGUAUAGAAACUAUUUCCCCUAAAUAUUUAUGGACCAAACAAUUGUGAUAUAUCCUAUUAAAUUUGUGUGAAUAAACCAUUUUGAAUCUAAGGAGUUUUAUUUCCCAUCAGUUUUUUUUGUUUGGUUUGUUUUGUUUGUUUCUUUUUAUUCCUUUUAAUUUAAAGUCUACAUGUACCAGUGCGUCUCUUUGCUUUUAUGGUACCUAUGAACAACUGGUAUUUAAACAUGGAAACACGGCCUUUUAAAUAUUUUUAAAUAUGGUUCCUUCUUAGGUUUUCAAUUUCUUCAUAUUCAAUGUAUAUGCUAGUGCUGGUGCAAUUUAGAUUUUAGCCUUUUAACCUCCUUUUUUGAACAUGCGAAGUAAUGCCCCACUGAUUUGAUACUGAAACCCUGCCUUAAGAGUUCUAAAAAAAGCCAGAAAAGCUAGCAGCUAAAGUAAUUGCAUGAAAAAUAUAACCUAAAUAAUAUAAUGAAAUGAGUCAAGAUUUAAUGCUAGGUAUAUUGAACACAAAAUAGAAUUGCAGACCCCGAAAAGCCAGGUUGCUCUGUAGUUUAAUAAAUUGUCACUAUGAUUUCUUUCAGGGAGAACAAAUCAUGGGGCAUUACAGCCAAACAUCCCGACGUUUGAAAAUUCCCUAAAGUAUUAAAAGAAGGGGAAAAGUUUGAUCGGAAAUCCACUGCAGUGAAGACAAAGACAAUAUUAGGUUAUGAUAAUCAUACAUUUAAAAAUCUAUUGAGCCAAAAAAUAAAAAGAAAAGACUUGAUGUCAUUUCCUGAAUGUUAACAAAACAUGUUAUUUCAUGGUGUCUAAAAAAAAUGAAGGCUUCAACAAAUGGUGUGGUAUUAAAAACAAAUUUAGAGGAAUUAUGUAUAAAACCAGAGCAACCUGGCAGCAAUCUACCCAGUCCAUAUUUGAAGAAAACUUUUCUUUAGAAAAAAAAAUCACAUUUGUCAAGCACAAGUACUUGUAAAAUAAAAUCUGAGUGCAUUCAUUCCACUUGCUUGCUAAUGUGUACUAGUCAUAUCUGUUAAAUGGACUUUUGUAAAUUCAAAGAGAGCUUUUCACUCAUUUGAGACCAUAGAAAUCAAAUUCAGUAACUUUAGUCCUAUUGUUUCUGAAUUUAUUUUUUUUAAUGAGACAAAUCUGCAUGCACUUUUCCAUCUGUCACAUAUAGUGUACAUUUCUGUAUGAUGAAUUUCUCUUUGCUGUUUCUUGUAUAAUAGCUUUCAUUAAUAAACAUUUUGUUUGAUGCAAACAUAGUUAAAUUUAUGUAAACACAUAGCUAAUUGUUUUAACUAAUUUAAACUUUUCUUUUCAAAAGAAGCAGUACAGUGCAGUUCCAAUGUCAUAUAUAUCUAAAAUCAAAAUGAAUGAGGUAGCAAUACUGUUGCACAGUGUAAAAUUACUUCCUUUCGUGUUAACUUUUUAAUUUUUUAGACUUCUCCUAUAAAACUGAUGUGUUAAAAAAAAAUUCCCAUCAGCAUCAACAAGAAAACAAUCCUCAAAUUCUUCAUCAUUAUAAGAAAACAUAAAGGAUACAGUACAGUAUGUAAAAUCCUCAAUCACUUUUAGAGUACAAGGAUAUAAUUUAUGGAUCCCUAAGCUGUUUACAUUGUCACUAUGCAAGUAUGUUACAAGAAGUUGGUCCUAAGUUUCCCAGUCCAAAUCACAGAUGAUUUUUUACAAGCCAACAAACAAGUGUGUAACAAUAACCAAUUCUUAAUAAUGAGGUUUUGUAACUGUUAAGCAAGUAUUUGCAGAAAGAUUUUUUUAAAUAUAUUCCUAUUUAGCUGUAUAGCCAAAGGUAUGUUAAACAAAUUAACAUAUAAAAGACUUGCCAGAAAAUCUUUCAUUAAGAUUACAUUUUUAUUAUAUACUAAUGAACCCUAUGUAAACAAUGUAACUUUUAUGAAUGAUGGACAUUAAAUAUUUCACUUGCGUGUA